GUUACAUUUGUCAAGCUAAAUCAAGAAUCAAGAAUCAAGAAUCAAGAAUAUCAAGAAUCAAGAAUCAAGAAAAUGGAGGAUUCAUCAGUGCGAGGAGGAGAUCCAUUUCCAGGUUUUGAGAUGAGAGUUCACAACGACGAUUGUGUAUUCAGGCGAUCUCUUAGCUGCAGGCUUCAGAGACGAGCUCCUUGUCCUCUCCUCUUACCACCGCGACCUCUUCCUUCUUCUGCUGAGGCUCCUUCUACUACGACCGGCGUUUCUGCGGCUGCGUCUGCGUUUUGUCAAAACGGCACAGAUCCGAUCCCUCUCUUGUCUCCUCUCGUCCUUCCUUCAAUGCUUCAACCUAAUCCAACCACCACCUCUCACUAAUUCUUUCUUUUCUUCUUUUUUGCUCUUUCCCAUUUUGUUUUUUUUAGGUUUCUUCAUUUUCUGUAAUGACUAAUAUUUUCAUUACGUAGACUCAAAAUCUGUUUAUUGUCUCUAUACAAAUUUCACAAAGGUGACAAGGAUCGUCUUUUUCCAAUCUUGAUAAAACUGAAGAUUUUUUCUUUUCUUAA